UGUUUACAGUUGUAAUUUUCUAUGAAUGUGCUCCCUCGAAAAAUUAUAUUCUGACUAAUGUAAAAAAUUCUGGUCGGUAAGUGCCGUGUUUGGUGUUAUUAUGGGAUAUUCAACUCGUACCUAUUUAAGAGAGUUGGACUACGUACCUACUUGAUGCACAUAUCUUUUUCAAAAAAGUGUGACGAGACGAAUUAAAAUUUGCAUAUUGUUAUUUGUAGUACCUACCAAUUACUUUGGUUCUAAUAGAUAAGUACAGGAUGAUAUGAUUAUUUAUACGUAUUCGAUUUCGACAUUCGUGCUUGAUUGACGGGAUUUUUGGAGGAGAAGAUGGUCGAUGAUGCAUGGGUUAACCUCACAGCCGGAGAAGGUCGUUCAAAUUUGAGAUAAAUCGCUCAUGGUUGAAGAUAGAGAAACACUCGAAUCAUGUUUCCUUCUACCGGACAUUUCAAAGCAUUGCACUGCCCUUUUCAUCUGGAAGGAGAAUGUGGAAGAAUAUAUUGCCACUACAGACACGCCAAGAGUGCUGAUGAACGGACUGGAGAAAAUAACACUAUUCUGACGCUGGAAAAUCAAAUUUGUAAAGAUCUGAGUCUUGAUAAAGAUGAUUUCGAUUUGGUAAUAAAUGAAGAAAACGAAGAGGAACAUGAAAAAUUGUUGUCUAAAAAGUUGAAAAGUCUAUUUCCGGGCUGUGAUAAAUUAUUGGAUAAUCUGCGCUUACCUGAAAUUUCGAAAGAUAACUGGGACUUAUCUGUAAACGAUACCACCUCAGAUCUGGGUAAUAAUGACCCGAAAAGUUUCAAAGAAACGGACUUGGGAGAUGGAGAUGACGACAAAACGCUGGAUGAUGGUCCAUUGAAACAAAUUUUGGAAGAAGAUGCUAAAAAGAAAACAAAUCCCGAACAAACUAAAUCCAAUCCGCUGGAGAGGAGACAUUUGAUAUUUUCGUGCCUUGAAAAAAUAGAAAAACGAUCGGAAUUCCUUCCACGACGUGUUGGAACAAUUAGACCGAAAAAAUUUGCUUCAGUGGAUAAUAUAAAUAACGAACUGGUGAAAGAUUCUUCAUCGCAAGGAAAAAGUAGCCCAAAAAGUAGCGGUGUCUCGAACAAUAAUGAAAUAAGCAUCAAACAAGAAGAUCCUGCUUCGGAGAAUAGUUCAGAUGAAGAUGCAGAAGUUGAUAGUCUGCUCACUCAAAUUUCGCUGAUGAAUCCGCAGAUUUUUAAAGUUGCUGAUAAAGGGAGCGAAAAAGAUGAAAAGACGAACCGUGAUUUGAAUGAUACAAAAACAUGCGACUCUAAAUCUAAUAUAUUUCACGAAGAAACAGACUUCUCCGUUGAUUUCGGUGAUUUAGCUACUCAGCCGUGUCCUGCUGCUCCAUCCCCAAUUCCACCCACCAGUCGAAAUAAUAUUACCGACCAAGGUUGUUCUAACAUCAAGAUAAAAAAAGAGAAGACUGAGAAUGAGAACGACUCGUGCGCCCAAGCUCCAGCUCCAGCUUCCGCUUUACCUCCACCUGCUGAACCUACUGUCUAUCCUAUGUCGACUGCUUCAAUCGCUGAACAAAAUAGAGUGAAGAAUUUAUUCAAGAAUACCAUUUCUUCCAACAUCGAUCAAUUCUUCGAUCUCAGCGAUGCCUGUCGAGUUUACGGAACGGAAAUUUUCAAUCUUUUGGAACCUUUAUUCACAUAUUUAGUUCAGAAGCUGAAUCCGCAUUUCAAUUUCGAAAAAAUACGUCAGCUACAUUCGCAAAACAUCUCUCUGGUUGAUGGAUUACCUUUUGUUUGCUCUUGCGAUCAUUUGAAAAACUGUAUGGAAUGUUAUAAUAUAAUGCUUUGCGCAGCGUCCAAGUGCAACGUAAAAAAAAGCGAUAAAGUUACCGAAACACCGAACCAUCUGAAUACGCCUUUUCGUAAAAUCGAAGACGGAUUAAAUAAUAUCACAAAAGAAAUCAUGUCGAUGGGAAUUCCGUACGAUAACGAAGGUAAUCCGAAGGUGAAAACUGAAAUGAAACACGUGUCUUGUCAAGCAAAUCUGGAUUCGAAAUCUCAUUCGAAAAGUUCCUCUUCUCGAGACAAACAUCACGAUUCUAAACAUCACAGCUCUAGGCAUAAAUCGAAAAGCGAAACAAAAUCAAGCAGUCAUACAAAAGAACGUUCCGGUGAAAAACAUUCGUCUCAUUCGAGUCGACAGAAGUCUUCGAAACCCAAGCCCAAAGAGAAAAAACGCGAACCUGAAAGCUCCGAUGAAAAUGAACUUUCAAGCUGCGACGAAAGCAGAAAACAUUCAAACCAUCGUCGUUCUGCUGAUACAAAGAUCAGAAAAAGAUCUUCGAGUGAUAAAACUGAUUUCGAAAGCAAAAAGCCCAAAGUCGAUAAACCUGAUUUAUCAGAAAGAAAAUCACUAAAAUCUAGUCAUAGAGAAAGUCCACGCGAAGUAGCUGUCGUCAGCGAUGAUUCUGAUUUUGGUGGUAUGGAUAAUUCUGCUGGAUUGAAUAAUUCAUCGGAUGAAAAUUAUUCUGAUAUCGAAAUUAUUGGUAACAAUGGAGAUGAUGCUGGUCCCAUCGCAGACUUGGAUGGAGACAGUGAUUUUGAAAUAGAGCGAAAAUCGUCGAAGUCGAGUUCGGAAAAUCAGGCCGGUUUAGUUCCCUCGUCGUCUAGUAAAAAGCGAGUAUCCCACGUCACUGAAGAUAAAAUUCUUCCUUACAAGAAAAAACCGUUUAUCAAGAAAAAUAUUCCUUCUCCAGCUGAAGUUUUAUUUCAAAGAAAUCAACAAAGAGAAGCAGAAAAGAAUGCUGCUGAAGCUGCUGCCGCUGCCGCCUUGCAGGCUAAUUCAAGUGAUCGAGUUCGCAUAUCGCACGUUCCUAAUGUCGCAUUGUUUUUGAAAGCGAAGGAGAGGCUGAAAACUGAUUUAUUCAAUAAAGCGAAGCCUCCUCCUCCUGCACCUGUGCGUGCUACUUCCGCUCAAACCAAUCCCAAAGGGAAAAGUCGGACAGCUCACAUUGCCACCGAAGUACCACCUCCCAAGGAUGUUCCUGCCCAUGCGAUCGCUUUGAAACCUACAAUUAAUUCGUACAAGGCGAAUAAUAAUAUCGCUUUGCCAACACGUCAGCAUGCUUUAGAUAGACUGUACGGAGCUUUUUCUAAAAAAGUGCCUCCGGAAUUAGCCAGCGAAUUGGCAUUGAAAGAAGAGCAAACUAUUCAUGAAAAGGUUACAAUCGUAAAAGUGUAUUUGAAUUCAUUGGCGAUGGCUUUGCAUAGGAUAUCUAAAGAAAAUCCAGCGAAAUUGACCGAAAAAACGACUGAUUAUCCAUCUGAGAUUAACGGUUUUUCCACGUACGAUUUGUUGAGCAGACACAUUUUGACUCGAGAACAACUGGAAGUGAACGGUUUCCCGAUUCCAAUCCGAUAUCAGCCAGGAUGUUGUAAAAUAUCCACUAAAGCAAUUCACUACAAACCCUUGACGAGUAAAAGGAACGGUGAUAAGUUUUUCUGCAUGCAAUGUAAAGAACCAUUUGAAAUGAAUCCUGAUACUGGUUUGCCCAUCACGCCAUCCACGGGUUGCAAAUUUCACACGUUGAGACCGAGGAAAGAGCCAGGUCGACUACGACACGAGUUAUUUUACCCUUGCUGCAAUAAGAGUAUUGCGGAAUCCGGUUGUAUGACCGCCGAGUACCAUACUCCUGACACGACUGAUGACGAUUGUUUGGAAGGUUUCGUCGAAACUAGAGAUCCUCCUCCCGGCGAUCCCGGAGUCAAACAGUUUUAUUCGUUGGAUUGCGAAAUGUGUUGCACUACUGUUGGUUCAGAACUGACCAGAGUGACUGUGAUCAAACCAGAUUGCGAAGUUGUUUACGAUAGUUUGGUUAAACCGCCUAAUCCCAUUUUAGACUAUUGCACAAAAUUUAGCGGCAUCACCGAGGAUAAACUACGUAAUGUUACUAAAACUCUGAAUGACGUGAGACAAGAAAUGCUGAAAUUCAUUUUCAAAGAUACCAUUCUUAUCGGACACAGUUUAGAAAAUGAUUUGAAAGCUCUCAAAUUGAUUCAUCGAAGAAUUGUCGAUACCAGUGUUAUGUAUCCUCAUCGUGACGCUCCAGAGAGAAAGUUCGCCCUUAAGUACCUAUCUUCUACGGUGGUCCAUUUUUUAAUUCAAGAAAGUGAGUUUGGUCAUGACAGUAAAGAAGAUGCGGUUGCUUGUAUGAAACUUGUUUGGAAGAAGAUCAGAGAAGAUGCUCAAGUUCAUCGUCCGAAAAAAAUCAUUGGUUCACCAGAAAGAAAAACUUGAUCAGAAUGAUUUUCUAUGAACUGUUUUUGUGAGAAGAUUUUUAUAUACGUUUUUGAAUUUGCGAUUGGAAUACCGUUUUUUUAUGUUUAAUGUUGUCAGUAUUUAUUUUUUCCUUCUAUUUUUCAUACCUAUUGUUGUUUUUGUGUUUGGUUGCAUUGUGUAUUGAAUAUUUUUCUGAUUUGCAAUGAGUAAUUGAGUAUACAUAAUAAAGCAUGAAUUUCUUACAAA